AUAGUGCAUUUCGUGAAACGAGCCAAACGCCGAGACCCGAUGCCGCACAGCUCAGUCAGUUCACCUGCGAGAGCUAGUGCGAGUAACCACCCCCCCGCGGGAAUAGUUAUAGUUCUUUUUAUUAAUUCAUUCAUUUUUAUUUUUAUUUUUUUUUAGACGACGACUCGCCUGUGCGCAUAAUCUCAAUAAUCGAACUCCUCGUGCGCCAGUAGGGCCCGAAUUAUGAACAGCAUUAAUAACGAGGCGAGCGCUUAUUUCUGCGUGGAAAUUUGCUUAUGAAACGAAUUGAAAUCCGCGUGCGUUUAUUAUUCGAUUUUGAACGAUUGCUCAUUAAAACUCGGGCGUCAUCGAAAACCGAGCUAUACUUAUAUAGAGCUGAUCGUUAAUUAACCAUGCCGCCGAACGCGUCGAGUGCCAAUCCGAGAAUACAGGAGGAGUGCGACGAGGCCCACUUGGAGUGUCCGAAGGAAUUGCAGGCGAAGAUCGUCGCCGAGACGAGGGCCAUCAACAAAAAAUUGAACAUCGCCGAGAAGCUGCCCAAGGAUAAGGGAUGGCUGGACUUUGAGACGGAGCUUAUCUGGCCGAACAUCCUCGGGAUAACGCUGCUCCACAUUCUGGGCUUCUACUACUUCUUGACAUUUCCCUACCUCCUGCACUGGAAGAGCUUUUUGUGGGGCUAUUUGGUCAGCAUCAUGGGAGGUUUCGGCGUGACCGGAGGUGCGCACCGAUACUGGACCCACAAGAGCUACAAGGCGAAUAUGCCCUUUAGAAUAAUUCUCAUGAUUUGCUACUGCAUUAGCGGACAGAACACCCUCUACGACUGGGUCCGGGACCACCGAGUCCACCACAAGUUUUCCGAGACCGACGCCGAUCCGCACAACAGCAACCGCGGCUUCUUCUUCGCCCACGUGGGCUGGCUCAUGAUGCGCAAACAUCCUGAAGUUAUCAGGAAAGGUCGGGAGGUCGACAUGAGCGACGUACUCGCCGAUCCCGUCGUCGCGUUCGCUCAGAAGUACUUCGUCCCCCUGAAGCUGCUGUUCGCCUUCAUCAUCCCGGUCCUCGUGCCAGUCUACUUCUGGGACGAGAGUCUCCGCAUAGCCAUAGUGUCUCAGUGGUUCCUGCGGUACAUGCUGCUGCUCAACUUCACCUGGAGCGUCAACAGCGCUGCCCAUCUCUGGGGUAACAAGCCUUACGACAAGAAAAUCUCGCCGGUGGAGAACAGGCUCGUGGCGUUCCUAUCUAUGGGCGAAGGCUGGCACAACUAUCAUCACGUCUUUCCUUGGGACUACAAGGCGGCCGAGUUAGGCGACUACAAUCUAAACGGCACCACCGCUGUCAUCGACUUUUUCGCCUGGCUCGGAUGGGUUUGGGACAGAAAGCAACCUUCGGCCGACCUCGUCGAGACUGUCAUUAAGAAUCGCGGCGACGGCUCGCACAGGACGCAGCAUCAAGAGGAAAUUCCCGAGACGAAAGACGAUUGAUUCGUGAGAGAAGAAGAGGGAAAGGGACGGUGAGGGGGGGGGAGGAGGAGGAGGAGGAGUCAAUAAAAAAUAGAGUCGCCUAUGUAUACGCUUUCGCAAUUCUGCGGUAGCUCGUUUUCCAAUAAUAUCGCCUGGAUAAUACAAUAGACCAGAGAUCGUUAUAUAUUGAUUCGAGUCUAAUGAUUCCCAGGAAACGAUGUCGUCAGGCGAUUAUGGAAACUCGCUUAUGCUGUUCGAAAAAUUUAUUAACCGACACGGCAUGCAGUGUGUGUGUGUGUGUGUGUGUAAAAAAGAACUAUCAUAAUAAUAAAGCCACGUCCAUGCUGCUAUA